AGUCUGCCAACCAAGCCAAGUUUCUAUUUGAUUGUUAUUUAUCCGUUGUCCUCAUAUUGUUAUUUACUCACCGUUCUCAUUGUUAUACCACCUCCCCUCCCCGUCUCCGGCUCUCACGGGCAUAAGAGCAAUUGCAUCGAUUAAAGUAACAAAUACAACAUCAACAUUCCAAUUUCACAUUCUACCAGAAUUGUACCAUUCUACCAUCUGCAACUCGAGUCCCGAGCUAGAGCUAGGACAUACAUACAGCAUACAGCAUACAGGCAUACAGGUAGACAACUACAGACUACCUUACAUACACAUACACAUACACAUACACAUACAACAUACAACAUACAACAUUUAAACGACCUCAACCUCAAAUCCAACACUACAAGUCGAAUAACUAGAAACUACCUUACAUUGUAUAAAGACAAGAAUAAGUGCCUGCACAAUGGACAAGACUCGCGCUACCACCACCACCACCACCACCGCCGCCAACGACGAUACCAACAACAACAACAACAGUGGUACUCAAAACAAUGACACACCCGCACACUCCCACGUCCAGGCAAUCCAUACGUCCCUCACCGCCACCGCCACCAACAACAAUAGUCAAAACAACGGUAACGGCAAAAACAACGGCAAAAACAAAAGCACCACGCACCUCGGCAACGACGGGGUCCUACGUGCCUUUGCGCCCGACGGGACCGUGCUCGCGCACCACGCGCUGAGUCCGGACGAAAUUGCAGUCGAAGUGGACAUGCAGCUUCAUGCGUGUAGAUUGUAUCUGGCUAAUUAUCCCAAUGGCUGGGCUCGGGCCGGCGGAGCAGAAGAACCGCCCUCGUCAACCGAGGGAACCCACGAAAUACAACAGCGCCCGUCAAGCCACGAAACACAGCAGCAGACAAGUCAAGGACAGCAGACGAGUAAAGCAAUAGAAGCGCGUCUCAAAGCAUUGGUCGAGCAGCGGGUGGACGGUCGCGAGGUCCCGCUGGAGAAGCGACAGGAUCCGGAUAUGUCGGUUCUGCCGCCUGCCGUGGUCAAGUGGCGAGAAGAGAACCAGGAGCGGGAGAGACGGAGGGGGGCAAGACGGGAAAAGAGGAAACAAGAGGGGAGGGAAGAGGAAGAGGAUAGUGAGGAUAGUGAGAGCGAGGAGGAGGGAUCUGGGUGGGGUGCGCCGCCGUCGACGCCGUGGAGGGCGUGAUGCAGAAGAAAUGCUGGGCAGAUGACUGUCAAUAUCGAUAACAGAUAAAGCAGUGUGGAAAGACUGAUAUGCAUGUAACGUUCACAAUAUUGACCAUGGCAUUUGACAAGUGGUAGGUAAAAAAAAAAGUCUAUUUAGCGCUAUGCUGUCUAUAACAAAGGAAAAGUGGAAAGCGCCAAUGCAGGUCUAGCAAAUAGAGAUCUAGCUCUAAGCCAUCUAGCAAGAUUAUACGUAGCAGCAUCAAAGGACCAGGAGUUAGUCAACUCCCGUGGCU